AUGGCUACAUACGUUAUUACUGGUGUUUCAAGGGGCCUUGGUUGGGAGUUCCUGAAUCAAAUGUCCAGCAAUCCUGCCAACACUGUUGUCGGACUUGUUCGAGACAAGCCAAGAACGGACAAGAGAGUGGCUGAAGAACUGAGUGGACGGUCUAAUGUCACCGUUUUGGAAGCUGACGUUACCGAUUACGACGCCGUGAAGAAAGCCGCCGAAAGCUCUGUGGCGGUCACCGGUGGCAAAGUCGACUAUCUCAUCGCGAAUGCGGGCUUCGUAUCGACAUGGGACUCAUUUGGUGGAUUCGAUGUCUUGGACCAGAACCCUAUGGAGCUUGAUGAGUAUUUCAUCAAGUAUUUGCGUACAAAUGCUCUUGCCAACAUCCACCUGUUCAACCUGUUCAUGCCCCAGAUCCUCAAGGGCCAGGUGAAAAAGGUGGUAACUAUCUCAAGCGGCAUGGGCGAUAUGGACUUCACAAAGGAUUACGACGUCUUAGAAGCCCCCUUGUACUCCACAAGUAAAGCGGCUAUGAAUAUGAUCUCUGCCAAGUUCAGUGCCCAGUACAAGGAGCAAGGCGUCCUCUUCCUCGCAAUUUGCCCUGGCAUGGUUGAGGUUGGGCACUUUGAUAACAUAACCCCAGAUAAGCAGGAAGGGUUGCAAAAGUUCGUGGAAAAGUUCAAGAGGUACUCACCAACUUUUAAGGGAGCAGACUCUCCUCCAGAGUCGAUUAAGGCUGUCAUGUCGGUUGUCAACAACUCCUCCAUUGAGAAUGGAGCAGCUGGUGCUUAUCUCUCCCACUUUGGCAACAAGAGAUGGGUGUGA